ACCGUUACGGUGACCGGAUAUGCGAUUUCCAAAACAUUGGUGGGAUGUGCAGGCUAAUACAAUGAAGCUCCGAAUAACUCCUCAUUUAUGCACAUGUGGUUACUUUCUUACAACUGAUGAUAUGCAGGUUUACCGAAAGCAGGUUUAGUUAGCAAACAAGUUAAAUAUAUUUUCUUUACCGACUCGUUCUUGCAUAAUACUUCCAUGUUGUAUAGCUAGCAAGCUAGAUAGCAUUCAAGCUAUAUUGUCUGACUGACUGAGCAACAUUAUUACGGACAACAACUCACAGUACACGGAGGGAGAUGGCUGGUCAACUACUUGAGUUUGAGACGGAGAUGUUCCUGAGUUUGUUUGGCUCGGACGGGCUGCUGGUGACUGCGGAGGGCAUGGGGAUAGACCGCAUCCUGCUGCAGUUCAUGCGGGUGUACUCCGAGGAGGGGAGUCUGGUGCUGCUGCUGAACACUACCACGCCCGAGCAGGAGUUCUUCACAGAGCAGCUGCGAGCUGAGGGAGUGAGCCACCUGCCCCAGACAGUGACCAGUGAUGUCCAGAGUACAGAGCGCUACGAAGUUUAUACACAGGGAGGGGUCCUGUUCGUCACCAGCCGUAUCCUAGUGGUGGACUUCCUCACUGACAGGAUACCUGCACACCUCAUCUCGGGUAUACUGGUGUACCGGGCUCAUAAGAUAAUUGAGUCUUGCCAGGAGGCCUUCAUCUUGAGACUGUUCAGACAGAAGAAUAAGACAGGCUUCAUCAAGGCCUUCACAGACAAGGCCACCUCCUUCUCCUCAGGCUUCUGUCAGGUGGAGAGAGUCAUGAGGAACCUCUUUGUCAAGAAACUUUUCCUCUGGCCCAGAUUCCAGGCGUCAGUGAACUCAGUUUUGGACAGACACAAGCCAGAGGUGGUGGAGCUGCAUGUGUCUCUGACCCCGGCCAUGAGGGCCAUCCAGAGCUCUGUCCUGGACAUCAUGAACGCCUGUCUGAAGGAGCUGAAGCGCUACAACCCCACGCUGGAGGCAGAGGACCUCUCCCUGGAGAAUACCCUUGGGAAUGCCUUCGAAAAGACCAUCCGUCACUACCUGGACCCUCUGUGGCACCAGCUGGGAGCCAAGACCAAGUCUCUGGUCCAGGACCUGAAGAUCUUACGUACUCUGCUGCUCUACCUCACCCAGUAUGACUGUGUCACCUUCCUCAACCUCCUCGAGUCACUCCGCUCCAGCCAGAAACACUUUGGAAGCAACUCUGGCUGGUUGUUCCUGGACUCCAGCACCUCCAUGUUUAUUAACGCCAGGAGUCGGGUGUACUGCAUUCCUGAGUCCAAGAAGAAACUCAAGGUGGGAGCUGACACAGAAAAACAACAAAGCACUUCAGAGGUGAAGAGGGUGCUGGUGCUGGAGCAGAACCCAAAGUGGGAGGCUCUGACAGAGGUGCUGCAGGAGAUAGAGAAGGAGAACAAGAGCUCUGAACUCAAACCAGGCCACAUCUUGAUCUGUGCCAGUGAUGACAGAACCUGUGCUCAGCUUCAUGAGUACAUCAGUCGUGGCUCAGACUCCCUACUCAAUAGACUCUACGCUCGCACCAUUGGCAAAAGAGAUGCCCUGUUCGACCCAGACGCACACAAACAACAGGGCCAGGGUUGGUCCAGGAAACAACAGCCUGAGAAAGAGACCAAAGGCAAAAAAGCCAAAGGGAAGGUGGCAACCAAGCCAAACUCAAAGAGUAAAAAGAGGCCGUCUCUGACCCUGACUCAAAUGGUUGGCAACAGAGAGGGGGAUGAGGGAGAAGUGAUGGGCAGCAGUGGGGAUGAGGGAGGCCUGUUGGAAAAGGAGGAGGAGCUAAAGUUAGACUUGUCGUCUGACGCCUACUACGGUGUUCUGAAAGAGCCAUUGACGGUUAUCCACCCUCUGAGGGGUUGCACUGACCCCUACAGUCUGACGCGGGUACUGCACGAGGUGGAGCCCAGUUUCGUGGUGCUUUAUGACGCCGAGCUCAGCUUUGUUCGUCAGCUGGAGAUUUACAAAGCCUCCAGACCGGGGAAACCACUGAGGGUGUACUUCCUGAUCUAUGGUGGCUCCACAGAGGAGCAAAGGUACCUGACUGGUCUGGCUAAAGAGAAACAAGCCUUUGAACACCUCAUCAGGGAGAAGGCCACUAUGGUGGUUCCUGAGGAGAGAGAGGGAAGAGAAGACACCAACCUCGAUCUGAGCAGGAGUCAGGAGCCUGCUUACUCUACCACCAACACACGCAAAGCAGGGGGCCAGGAGCAGCCCAAGGAGCCGUCCCGUGUGAUUGUGGACAUGCGUGAGUUCCGCAGUGAGCUCCCGUCCCUCCUCCACCGGCGCGGCCUGGACAUCGAGCCUGUCACCCUGGAGGUGGGCGAUUACAUCCUCACUGCCGACACCUGUGUGGAGCGCAAGAGCGUCAGUGACCUGAUUGGCUCGCUUCAGAGCGGACGCCUCUACACCCAGUGCCUGUCCAUGACGCGGUACUACCGGAAGCCCGUCCUGCUGAUCGAGUUCGACUCGGCCAAGCCCUUUUCCCUGGUGGCCCGCACCGACUUCCGCCAGGAGAUCUCAGCUAACGACGUCACCUCCAAGCUGACCCUCCUCACCCUGCACUUCCCCCGCCUCAGGAUCCUUUGGUGCCCCUCCCCACACGCCACCGCAGAACUUUUCCAGGAGCUGAAGAAAGGUCGACCCGAGCCGGAUGCCGCCGCCGCCCAGGCCAUUACGGCCGAGUCGGACACAGUGGCAGAGUCAGCUGACCUCUUCAACCCUGGGCCAUACGACUUCCUUCUUCGGAUGCCAGGGGUUAAUGCGAAGAACUACAGGGCUCUGGUUAAACACGCAGAUAGCCUGGCACACCUAGCCAAAAUGAGCCAGGAAAGGCUAGCACAGAUUCUGGGGCAUGCUGGCAAUGGGAAGUCGCUCUAUGAGUUCCUGCAUAAUACUGUGGACAUCCCUGCCCCUGCACAGAAAAGUAAAUAGUCAUACACUUAAAAGGAUCAGAGGCUAUGUGAUAUCAUUAAUUUUCUAAUUUUGUUAUCGAACUUUGACUUUGUAAAUCUUUGAAUAUGUAAAUAGAUGUUUUGCUUACAUGAGCUAUAUUUAGGAUCCUGCUGUGCUCUGUUGUGGUGUUGGAUUUGAUACUUGCAGUACUGUAGUGGAAAACUGCUGAUACAGAGAAGUCAGUAAGCAGAAAGUGUUUUAAAUCAGGUGUGAAACAUCCGGUCUGUGGCUGGUUUCAUAAAAAUAAAAACAAUUAAAUAUU